UGUUAAAAUUUGUGGAGGGAAAUUUGGGUGCAGUUAUUAUUAUUUAGGGGGGACAGACGAUUCUGUGGGAUUUGUGGCCGCUGUCACCCGCCUUUCAUCCCCGAUUCUGUGGUUUUGAACGUGUUUACAUGUUUUACUUUACAGCACGGAAAGGCAUAUAAAGUUUUACCGCGUUAGCCAAGGUUCGAUUCCACGCGGCGGCGCGGGAAAGAGUUGCUUUGACACAUUUUCAGUUAUCUGGAAAAGGUUACAGUAAAUUUGAAAAGUGAAUGGUAGAAGUUUCCACAGUGUGCGAAGAACCGCGUUAAAAAUCUAGAAGCUCUGUUUCUUCUUCUUCUUUUCUCGUUUGCAAUGGAGACGAAUGGAAAGGAUGGACCGGCGAGCACACCGGCUAUUUUGAACGUACAGGCUAUGCGUACAGUUUCGCCAUUACUGAGGCCUCAGCAGGCCCGUCUUGCAGUCGCUCCACAGCCUGCAAGUACACAACAUGCUUUUGUUUCUCCGUACCCUGCUUUUGAUGCUGCAGAGAUCCGGAAAAGGAUUCAGCAAAACAUUCUUCUCAGAGCCACAGAACAGUCCAGGAGUUCUGCACUGCCUGGGGCUCGAAACCCUAAUGCUGAAUUCCAUACGCAAGGUACUACUGAUAAAUUCCCUUUUGAAAAAACUAAUUUGGACGCGUUUUGUAAUUGGAAGGGUAGUGUAAAUACGUUAAAGGAGCCCUUCUAUGUUGAAACGGCCAUUAAAACCACCGCUCCCAAGUCAUCUGAUCCGUGUUGGUUCCCGGUUUUUAAUAAGGAACAAUCGGUCUGCAGUCAGACCCCCUGGGUAGUGCACCCUCAAGCAGAUAUGCAUUUAAAUUCUCAGAUGGUUUAUGAUAGUCGGGGUCGUGUGACUCUUGAUAAGUUCAGAGUAAAUGGUGAUCAAAUCCCUGCAACUGUUAAACAUGACUGCCCUUCACAGAACAUUCCUCAUACACAGCACUUCUUCAAAUCCAAUGCCAGUGUACCACGUGUACAUGAGGAGAAUCCGAUUUAUAGUGAACAGUUGCAAAGGGGUAUCAGCCAUAGCGAUCCGUUUCGGCAGCACCCCUCAGAUUUGAAACAACAUGCUAUGCUUUAUAUGCACAACAAGGUAGCUGGAGGAAACAUGGAGGCUACAGAUUUGAAUUCAUCAACUGUCAUGCUUGAUAGUCAAGGCAAUAUAGAUAUAGUGUCAGAAGGAGUAAUCGAGGCCACAAAUAUGGAACUAAAUAGCAUGCCCUCUAAUCCCAAAAUCACAGAAUCCGAAGGAAAUAUUAAGCCUCCAAACUUGUAUCUCCGUGCCAUGCCUGAUAAUCGAGAAAAUACUCAACCUGAUGGAAACACUAAUUCUGCAAGUUUGUAUCAAGAAAACACAGAAUCUGAGAGAAAAAUUGAAGGUGAAAAUCAGAACAUUCAAAUUCCCUCUAAUAGUUGCAGACAACUUAUGGAAGCCAACACACCGAUCAUAGAGACACCUGUCAAAUUUAAUAACUAUUUACCAGUACCAGUUAUACCCAAGGCGGAAUAUAUCCCUGAUUAUAGUACUCCCAAGCCGCCUGGAGAAUAUGGUGCUAGGCCAGUUCAUUCUUCAAGCUUGUAUUCAGGCAAUCUGUCUCUUGUACCCAAAACAGAAUAUGAAAAUUCAAGGAGCGUAGCUAUCGUACAAAACCACAUAGAGAGGGGGAGUACUUCAACACUAAUGGUACCUAAUAUGAAUGACCAGGUGGUGCCAACUGCAGAUGAAUUGAGGUCUGCUCUUGCGAAGAGUCUGAAACGCUUCAAGGAUUUAACUGUGCUCUAUCCAGGUUCUUCCACACUUGAGCCUCAUGGUAGUCUGUCUAUGUUCGUGAACACAGAGACCGAAAUUGGCAGCAGAAAGCGCAAGCGACCUAGACCCACUAGACCUAGACCAGUGAUCCAAAAUCCAUAUCCAUCUGUUAAUGGCAACGACAGGGAAUUAGUCAUGAGGGCCCUCGUGACAUAUGAUGCAUUGAGGCGUCAACUUCAGGAUGAAACCAGGCGGCCUGAUUUGCAAGCAGGGGUCUUGAUGUUGGAUAAAGGAUUGGCAGUAAACCGAGACAGAAGGAUAGUGGGUGCCAUCCCGGGUGUCAACGUGGGUGAUCACUUCUAUUUUCGGAUGGAGCUCUGCGUGAUUGGUUUGCAUUGCCCAACUCAGGCCGGCAUUGAUUAUAUCACUGCUAAAAACAAUGAAUGGAAUGAGCCUGUUGCUACCAGUAUCAUUGCUUCGGGUGGAUAUGAGGACGACGAGGAUGUUAGUGGCGAAGAAUUGAUUUAUACCGGUCACGGAGGAAACAAUUAUCUAUUGGAUAGAAAGCAGCCCGUUGAUCAAAAGCUUGAGAGGGGUAAUUUUGCCUUGGAACGGAGCAGACACUAUCAAAUUGAGAUUCGAGUGAUUCGCGGCAUCAAGGAUAGCGGGAGUCCUUCUGGUAAGAUUUAUAUAUACGACGGCCUUUAUAAAGUUCAAAAUUCUUGGUUAGAUAGAGGGCGUUCAGGAUCUGGGGUCUUUAAGUACAAGCUUAUUAGGACACCAGGCCAACCUGAACUGGGUUCUGUAAUUUUGAAGAACGCUAGGAGAUGGAAGUUAGAUCCUACUUUGAGAGUUGGUCUUGUUCAUCCUGAUGUAUCCUUGAGGAUCGAGAACUUGCCUGUUUGUCUUGUUAAUGAUGUUGACAAUGAAAAAGGGCCACCACAUUUUGAGUACAUUACUAGUGUUAGAUAUCCUGAUUUCUUAGUGAGCAUUUCUCAGGGAUGUGAAUGUUUGGGUCAGUGUAGUACAAUGCAUAACUGCUCCUGUAUUCAGAAGAACGGAGGGCAGAUGCCCUACAAUGCUAAUGGUGUUCUUAUCAAGGGGAAGCCUUUGGUUUAUGAGUGUGGCAAUCACUGCAAAUGUCCUCUAAGCUGUUGGAACAGAACAACCCAAAGGGGGUUGAAUGCCCGUUUGGAGAUUUUCAGAACUAGAGGUGCUAGUGCUAAUGCUAAUGGAUGGGGUGUGCGGUCUUGGGAUCCAAUUCCAGCAGGUAGCUUUAUAUGUGAAUAUACAGGUGAAGUUAUAUACACAGAAGGGAUAGAUGCAGAUCAACAAUGCAACGUGGACAGUGAAUAUAUAUUUAAUCCGAGGAAAGUUACAGAAUGUGGAGAUGUCUCUCAUAUUCUUUGUGAACAGCAGCAAGAUGCUUCGUCGAUUCUAGUUUGUGCACCAACUCCAGCAAAUCUCAAUUUUCUCAUAGAUGCCAGCAAAAUGGGGAAUGUUUCUCGUUUCAUAAAUCAUGGUAGUUUUCCUAAUGCUAAUGUCUUUGUGCAGUUUGUCUUACACGAUCAUCUGGAUUGUAGAUUCCCUCAUGUGAUGCUCUUUGCUCUGUAUAAUAUUCCUCCUCUAACCGAGCUGCUGCUUGAUUAUAAAGAAGAGAAAGUUCUGAUUCAGCCACAAGAAGAUGUUUUGAUUAAGGCCAAAGAAGAGGCAGACAUUGGAUCUGCUUUUGAAUGUAGUCAUAAAGUAGUGAAGAUUGAGCCUUCUUAUACAUAAUAUCAUCAAGGGUACUGUGUUUUGUUUA